CCAUUUCGUCAUGAACUUUUUCCCUCGACAUCAUAUCGAUUGUCGUGUCUGUUCGUAUUUAAAUUAGGGAGCUUUUAAUUAAAUUCAGCACAAUAAUUAGUAAACGAAAAUGCUGUAUGGCAAAUUGGCGUCCGCCAUCAGCUCUUGAAAGCGACUCGCGUGGAUUGAAGUUGAAGCCCGAAAUUGCACUGCUCAAACACAGGCGCCACUUCCUUUCUGAGGCGAUUCUCUUAAUUGAUAACAGGAAACCAUGUUAUAACAGCUGCUCGUUAGAUAAGAGAAAUCAUCAAAGAAUGGGAGGCUGCUGCUGUUCGACUCGAAAUUCUCACCUGAAUGGAACUCCAGCAUACUACUAUUGCCCCCUGGCUAUGGAGGAGCGAGAGUCAUCCGAAAUUCAUAGUGGCUCAGCCUCCAUGCUCCUGAAUGCAGGACAUGAUUUGAACCUGGAUUUGUCGAUACCGAACACUUAUCGAUCCCCUCCAACACCUGUCUCUUAUACACAUCUAGAUGUGUAUAAGAGACAACUUCUCUAG